AUGACCGCCACCCCACAUCCACUUUCGGCGCUGUCGGCCGACGAGGUCCUCCGCGCCCGCGACGUCAUCCUCUCGCUGCACCCGGGCGCCCUCGUCGACUUCCGCGUCAUCUACCUGCUGGAACCGGCCAAGGCCGACGUCGUGCCCUUCCUCGACGCCGAGCAUGCCGGCACGCUGACGGCCGACACGCCGCGCCCGCCCCGCCUGGCCCAGCUCAAGUACGACGUCAUCGGCGGCGACAAGGCGACGCAGUACCACGAGUCCGUCGUCGAUCUCGUCACCGGGAAGCGCACCGUGAACGAGGCCAUUGAUGCCAAGUACCAUGCCAGCCUGGGCAUCUACGAGUUUGAAAAGGUCGUCCAGUGCGUCCACGAAUCCGCCGAGUUCAAGGCCAAGCUGCAGUCCAUCCAGCUGCCCGAGGGCUUCGAGCUCGUCGUCGAGCCCUGGCCGUACGGCGGGCCAGACGACGCCGACGGCGCCGCCCGCCUCUUCCAGGCCCUCUGCUUCGGCCGCGACACGCGCAGCGGCAACCCCGACGCCAACUUUUACGCCUACCCGCUACCCUUUAUCCCCAUCAUCGACAUCCGCAGCAUGACCCUCGUCCGCAUUGACCAGCCCGCCACCGGCAGCCACGACGACGGGCUCGUCGGCAUCACCAACAAGCCCGCCGUCCUGGACCACUGCCGCUCCGCCGAGUACGUCCCGGAGCUGCUUCCGGGCGGCGUCCGGACUGACGUCAAGCCGCUCACGGUGCUGCAGCCCGAGGGCCCGAGCUUUUCCAUCACGGAUGACAACCUGGUCCAGUGGCAGAAGUGGCGCUUCCGCGUCACAUUCAACCCCCGCGAGGGCGCCGUACUGCAUGACGUCCGCUAUGAUGGCCGCAGUGUCAUGUACAGAGUCAGCAUGAGCGACAUGACUGUCCCGUAUGCUGACCCCAGACCCCCUUUCCAUCGCAAGCAAGCAUUCGACUUUGGCGAUGGCGGCCUCGGCAACUGCGUCAACAACCUCACUCUUGGCUGCGACUGUCUCGGUGUCAUCAAGGUCCCCCCCCUCCAGUACUUUGACGGCGUCCUCACCAACCCCGACGGCUCUCCCGAGGCCAGCAAAAACGUCAUCUGCCUGCACGAGCAGGACAACGGCAUCAACUGGAAGCACACCAACUGGCGGACGGGCCGGGCCGUCGUCACGCGCCGGCGCGAGCUCGUCGUGCAGUACAUCCUCACGCUGGCCAACUACGAGUACGUCUUCGCCUUCAUCCUGGACCAGGCGGCGGGCCUGACGCUCGAGGCACGCGCGACGGGCAUCGUGUCCGUCGUCAACAUGGACGAGGGCAAGACGGCGCCGUGGGGCAACAUUGUCAACCCGGGCGCCAUUGCGCAGAACCACCAGCACAUCUUUUGCCUGCGGCUCGACCCGGCCAUCGACGGGCACGCAAACACGCUCGUGCAGGAGGAGAGCCUGCCGGCCGCCGUGGACGCGGCGACGAACCCCAACGGCAACUUCUACCACGUCAAUUCGACCGUCAUCAAGGAGUCGGCCGGGCUCGACCUCGCCCCCUUCAACAACCGCGUCUUCAAGAUCCAGAACCGCGCCAAGAAGAACCCUGUCAGCGGCAAGCCCGUCGGCUACAAGGUCUCCGGUCCCCCCUCGCAGCUGCUGCUCGCCGCACCCGGCAGCAUCCAGUCCAACCGCGCCCAUUUUGCCCGCCACCACCUCUGGGUCACCAAGUACAAGGACGACGAGCUCUACGCCGGCGGCCGCCACACCCUGCUCAGCCGCAACGAGGUCGACGGCGUCCGCGACGCCGCCGACCGCAAGGACAAUGUCGAGGACGAGGAUAUCGUCGUCUGGAGCGUCUUUGGCCUGACCCACAACCCGCGCGUUGAGGACUGGCCCGUCAUGCCCGUCGAAAUGAUCCAGGUGCACAUCACCCCGUCCGACUUCUUCACCGGCAACCCGGCCCUGGAUGUGCCGUCGAGCGCGGACACUGGGUCGAAGCUGACGGAGGGAAGCUCUUGCUGCGCUGUCGAGAAGGGAGCAAACGGCACCAAUGGCACGAAUGGGGCAAAGGGACACGGACAAGUAUCAGCAUAG